ACGAGAGUGUGAGGGGCGUGGUUUCUUCGGGGAGACCCGCCUCCUCCAUUUCUUGCUUCCCCUCCUUCCGCCUACGAGUUUCAACUGGAGAGGGUCGGUUGCCCACGCCCAGCACUGGGUUUCUAGUUUGGAGGUUUGGACUAUGGAUUCUUGAUUUUUAUGGGCCAUUCGUUUUUUGUUAAAAGCUAGCAAGACAAGGUGUUUUGGAGCCUGACCUGAUGUGUCGUGUUUGGAAGUGGUUGCUAUACUCACUCCUUCUUAACCAGUGAGCAACAUCAUGGCAUCAUCAGCUUAUGUGUCAUCUGCAAAGGAAAAAAAUCAAGCAAAAUCUGUUAUACUCAGGACCAGCUGUUCAGGAGCAUCCCAGACCAGAGGCAGGCACAGUUGAGGCUUGGAUCUAACUAAAGACUGCUGCAGACUCUUCUGCAGCAAUGUCGGUGUUAGAAGAAAGCCGGCCAUUUGCUCAACAAUUAUCCAAUGUCUACUUUACAAUACUUUCACUUUUCUGUUUUAAGCUUUUUGUGAAAAUCAGUCUUGCGAUCCUCAGUCAUUUCUACAUUGUGAAAGGCAACCGAAAGGAAGCGGCAAGGAUAGCAGCUGAAUUUUAUGGAAUAACCCAAGGACAAGGUUCCUGGGCAGAUCGCUCACCACUACAUGAAGUCGCAAGUCAAGGCCGUCUUCUUGCACUAAGAACAUUAUUAUCACAGGGUUAUAAUGUAAAUGCAGUAACCAUAGACCAUGUCACCCCUUUGCAUGAAGCUUGCCUGGGAGGCCACGUAGCAUGUGCCAAAACUCUUCUGGAAGCUGGAGCCAAUGUAAAUGCAAUCACAAUAGAUGGCGUGACCCCAUUAUUCAAUGCAUGCUCACAAGGCAGUGCAAGCUGUACAGAACUUCUUCUGGAAUAUGGUGCCAAAGCUCAGCUAGAGUCCUGUCUCCCAUCUCCCACACAUGAGGCUGCCAGUAAAGGUCAUCAUGAAUGUCUCGACAUAUUGAUAUCCUGGUGCAUAGAUGUUGACCAAGAUAUUCCUUAUUUAGGAACACCUCUCUAUGUUGCUUGUAUGUCACAGCAAUACCAUUGCAUCUGGAUGCUUCUUUAUGCUGGUGCUGAUGUACAGAAAGGCAAAUAUUGGGAUACUCCUUUACAUGCUGCUGCUCAACAAUCCAGUACAGAAAUUGUAAACUUACUGCUAGAAUUUGGAGCAGAUAUCAAUGCAAAAAAUGCAGAGCUUUUGCGACCUAUAGAUGUGGCUACAUCUAACCAUGCAGUGGAAAGAGUUCUGCUUCAACAUGAAGCUACCCCAAGCUCUCUUUGCCAACUUUGCCGACUCUGUAUCCGAAAUUGCAUAGGAAGACCAAGAUUGCAUCUUAUCUACCAGCUUCAGCUACCGACAUUACUUCAGAAUUUCUUACAGUAUCGAUAAAUAGUGAAAUAAUUCUAAAUUCUUCGAAAAUCAAAGAUUUCUAUUUCAUUUUCAUAAUGAAUAUUUCUUUUUAAUAUAUGCUAGGCUAAAGUGAGUUGCUAUCACAUGGGGAAGCAGCAAAAUAUCAAUAUUCAUUUUAAGUAUACUAAUUAGUACUUUUGUUUUAUGAAUUUCACUGUUUUGGGAUUAUAAUAUGUUUAAAUAUCUAUACCUUAUUGUCCUUUUGUUGUUGAGAAAAAUUUAGAAAUUCUCCAUUUUAUAUAUUUUUCAAAGUAGCAUGUAAAGAAAAACAUAAACUCUUACUAAAAUUUUAAUUUCAUGCUGUUUGUAUUUUAAAAGUUCUAUGUUCUCCAAAUAAUGGAUUAACUUUAGUUUUGGCUACUGUGCUUAUCUCUGUGUUUUUACUAUUGAUGCAACAUAUGAAUACAGUUUAGAAAAAAGGAACUAAUAUGCUGUUUGAAAUAAAGAUGAUUCUCAUUCAGGAAAUCUA